GGAUUGCGUGUGCUUCUAUAACGUACUUGCACACGUCGAACCGUUGAUUGGACACCUGCCUACCAUUUGAGACUUCGCCAGCCAUUACACACAUCGCUACCUGUUCUAAGCAGCGUUAUAACCGUUACCACUAUCACUCCUUAGCGUGGUUAACUGCCCUUAACGAUCGGACAAUUGCGCUGGGGCAACUUGCCGUCCGCAUGCGCCUACACGCCAACCCAUUCUCUUCCAUAUUUGGAGGCGCACCGCGGCGUGGGAUACCAUGCGUAGCACGGCGGCCGCGAACUAUGGUUGUGUUAGCUGCGAAGAAGGGCAGCGACAAAAAAGGCGGUGACAAGAAAGGAGCCAAGAAGAGCGCACUGGCUGACCUCCUGAAAAAGAAGGAAGCUGGGGCUGCCAGCUCAGGCUCCUCCGCACCCGCUCAGCCCUCCCAGUACGACAAUCCAGAAACCCGCAUGCUGGCGUUCCAGAUGUGCGACUCCUACUGGCGACUCACCGGAAAGUACCUCCUGGAGGGGGUGGACUUCCAGCGGCUGCCCGCGGCCCUCUACCGCGCGCCCUUCGCACUGCUGGCGCACAACAAGUUCCAGGAGGGCGUCACGGACCCCAUCUACAUAUACGGCAACCGUGCCGCCCUGGAGCUGUUCGAGACGAGCUGGGAGGAGCUGCUCGCCACUCCCUCGCGCAAGUCGGCAGCGGAGGAGGACGCGGCGGCGCAGCAGGACCGCAACGGCCUGCUUGAGCGCGCUGCGCAGUGCGGCUACGUGACGGGGUACGAGGGCUGGCGGGUGUCCAAAGGCGGGCGGCGCUUCAAGAUCCGCGAGGUCACCCUCUUCAACAUCAUGGACCGGGAAGGCACCAAGCUGGGUCAAGCUGCGGUGUUCGACCAGUACGAGCUGGAGGACGGGACGGUCGUGCGCAUAACCGCCGACCCACGGGACGAUCCGGAGGCGGCUGCCGCGCCUGCUGUCCCCACGCCCGAGGAGGUUGCGGCGGCUGAGGCGGCGGUUGCGCAACAGGCGGCGCACGUGCGGGCGCUCAAGGAGGAGAAGGGCAUGAGCAACCAGGACAUCCCGGUGCAGAUCGCGGUUCUGGAGCUCAAGCAGCGCAAGGAGGCACUGGGCGAGCUGCAGCGGCGGCUACAGGAGGCGUUGGAGGCGUCCAGGGCGGCGUUUGAAGACGAGGAGGAGGAGGGGGAAGGGGGUCAGGAGCAGCGGAAGUGAAGUGAAGGAGGGCUGGGGCAGUGAUAAGGGUUGCUGUGUGGUACGGUAUUCCAGGGCCGAGAGUGUGGUGGUGAGGGGUUAACGUGGUAAUUGUCUGCCGGCUGAACGUGUCACAAGAUGGAUGCACCUAGCUAUGUUGGGCUUGGAAAGCGGGCUGUGAGCGGCUGUAACGUGGAAAGAACGGAGUUUGCCACAUGUCUGAGAAAGGGAGAUUCCAAGGGCCAGGGCGCUGUUUGAGAGGGAGUGGUUCUGCCGAUGAUAAGCUCGGGGCUACUAACGGUAAGUUGUGUAACUGUGAUGCGACGGGAAAUGAGGAGCGACGAAGUGGUGGGCUGUUGGCUGCUCUCAGCUGGAUCAUCACGCCUUGCAGGAGGAAGAGGUGAC